GAGAGGGGGCAGAACAGAAAGCGAAACCUGCCCGCCAGACUUUCGCUUUUGCCGCCUCCGCGCGCCACCCAGGUGGCCCCGCGAUCCCUCAUGGCGCUGGGUACAGUCACCGCCCACCGCCCACCAGGCUCCCGGAGCACUGCGUCCCCGAUGGCCGGCGACCCCUGGCAGAGGAAGGAAGGGAAGGUUCCCGACGGCAGGCGACCCUCGGCGGGGGCCGGGGGUCCCCUGCGUCUCCGCGACUGGCUUGUGGCGCAGAUCGAAAGCGGGCGCUACACGGGGUUGCGCUGGGAGGACGCGGGCAAGACCCUCUUCCGCAUCCCCUGGAAGCAUGCAGCCAAGCAGGGUUACCAGGCGCAGCAGGACGCGGCGCUCUUUAGGGCCUGGGCCAUAUACAAGGGCAAGCACCUAGAGGGCGCUGACAAGGAGGACCCCUCCACCUGGAAGACGAGGCUCCGCUGUGCCCUCAACAAGAGUGCUGACUUCUGUGAGGUGCGUGAGCGCAGCCAGCUGGACAUCUCCAACCCCUACAAGGUCUACCGGAUUGUGUCCAAGAGUGCCCAUGGCCCAGUCACCAGGGCUUGUGCUCUCCCUGAAGAGGAACACAUUCUCCAGUGCCAGCAGGAACCCCCUGGGGAAGGGAUGGAGCCAGGCUGCAAGACAGACCAGGCUGGCUCUGGAUUAGCCACAGAAGAGAAGAACAAGGAGCAGCCCCUCACGCUGGCCCAGCAGGGCUCACGGCCUCCAGCUGCCCUGCUCCAAGGCCCUUUGGCUGACCACAGGUACCAGGCUCAAGACCCUACACACUCCUGGAGCCCCUCGCCCUCUGAGGACUUCAGCAACCCUGAUUGCUGGCUGCACGUGCGGCUGUUCUACGGGGCGAAGCUGGUGCGUGAAGCCAUCGCGCGUACGGCCGAGGGCUGCCAACUGAGCCCGCGGGCAGCCCCCGCCACCUCUGAGAGCCUGCUGGGGCCGCCACCGCGCAUCGCGCAGGUUUGCUUCCCGGAGCCGCCGCCCGGCGCCCUCGUGCUGCAGCGCCUGCUGCCUCACCUGGAGCGCGGCGUGCUACUGUGGGUGGCGCCCGAGGGCGUAUUCGCCAAGCGCCUGUGCCAGGGCCGCGUGUACUGGCGCGGCCCGCUGGCCCCGCACCGGGCACAGCCCAACAAACUGGAGCGCGAGAGCACCUGCCAGCUGCUCGAUACGCGCCGCUUCCUUGCGGAACUGCAGGCCCACUUGCAGGAUGGUUGCCCGGAGCCUGAGUACCAGAUCCGCCUGUGCUUUGGUGAGGAGUAUCCGGGCCCCCCGGACCAGCCGGAGGAGCGGCUCAUCAUGGCCCAUGUGGAGCCAGUCUUCGCCCGAGAGCUCCUCCUGCACUCGAAGCGCCACAGCCACAGUGCCCCUGCAGCCACAGGUUCCCAGUCCCUCAGCCCAAACGUGUCACUGACCUGAUGGUACAUCUGACUCAGCC